CUCUGGACCAGCAGCAGAGAUCUCCUCCAGCGUUUCCUCCCAGGGAUCCUUAGAGACAAGUGAAGUGUAGUAGGGAAGAACCUGAGCCGUUUCCAGAGAUAAAGGAAGCUGUCCUUCUGAAUCCACCUGCUGACAACGGUUCUGCCUUCAGCAGUUCUGGUUAGAAAAAGCUCGUUUUUGGGAGGAUACCUCCCACGGCUGGGCUGAGCAGGCGGAGGGGAGGUCCUUUGGCUGCAGGAGAGCAGAGAGGCCUCCCGGGUGCUGCCAGCGCCAUGGCUCGGCUGGAUGUAACCGAGGUCUUUGCCAACAUACGCCUGCCGGGACACCUCCACACCGAGAGCUCCCUCCACUUCGCCAGCCACUUUGAGUUCCAGGACACGGACGUCCUCCUCGUCACUUACCCCAAGUCAGGCACCACGUGGAUGCAAGAAAUCCUCUCCUUGAUCUACAGCAACGGCAACCUCCAACCCAUAAAGACUCUUCCCAACUGGGCCCGGGCUCCCUGGGUGGAGCACACCUAUUUCCAAGAGCAGCUUCAGCACAUUGGGUGUCCUCGGCUCCUCACCACCCACCUGCCCCAGUCAGUGUUGGCACCUGCCCUGAAGAAAGCUAAGCCCAAGGUGAUCUAUGUGGUCAGGAACCCAAAAGAUGUUGUUGUGUCCUACUACCAUUUCCAGAGAAUGGCCAAGUUCUUCCCUGACCCAGCUUCCUUUGAAGGCUUCCUUCACGAUUUCAUGGCUGGCACCGUGCACUACGGAUCCUGGUUUGAGCACGUGAAGGGCUGGCUCGGCUGCCGAGAAGAGCUGGACCUCUUUUGCAUCUCCUAUGAGGAGCUCCAUCAAGACCUGAAGUGCUGUGUGGAGCGGCUGAGCGCCUUCCUGGACCACCCAGUUCAUCCAGACCAGGCUGAGCUCAUCCGUGAGCACUGCAGCUUUGCUGUCAUGAAAGAGAACGUGAUGGUGAAUGGCACACUGGUUCCUCCUGAGGUUCUGGAUUUCCAGAAAGGCCAGUUCAUGAGGAAAGGGACCGUUGGCGACUGGAGGAACCACUUCUCCCCCGAACAGAGUGCUCGAUUCAACGAGAAAUACCAGCAGGAAAUGGGGGGCCACCCCUGGCCCCUCCGGUGGGACAUGGACUGAGAGCAGCUGCUCCAAGGCCUCGAUUGGCCUCUGCUUGUCUUAGGACGGCAGCUCCGGCAUCGGACGGCCUCCCACUGGGAAGAGGAACUGGGAAGUAGCCCAGCAAGAGAGAAUUCUUUCCCAUCUGCUGUCAGGCUGCUUUUUAUGAAGAAAAGCAGGGGACCAAAUCGUUUCUUUUGAGGAAGGGGGGAAGGAAGGCCACCAGCGAGACAGUUUCUGUGCUUAGAGUUAAGGGCUUGCUUGAGUCACACCAGUUGCUGGAAAUCUUCUUUCUUUCUUCAAUAAAUCUGACUUAUUUGCAAUGUCCCUAGUGGUCCCCCCCCCCAGCUUGUGCAGAGAGAGAGAGAGAAGAGUAGCCCAAAGACCAUUGGAGGCCUCCCCUCCUCUCUUCCUGGCAAGCAAAGGGGGCUUUUUGGUGGGGUCUUAAAUGGGCUUUCAGUGAGCUGGCGAGCGCACAGCUGCACAGGCAUCCUUUGGCAGCUGCCUUUCCAGAUGUGCCUGCCCCCUUUCCUCUUCUGCAAAUGAACUGGCCAAAGUGUAGCAUAAGAAGGGCCCAUUGUCCCCAGUAAACAGCAGGGUAUUAUCCAGGAUGAGAAGGACAGCCGGGUCUGCCAUUCUAGAGCACAACCAUCAUGGAGAUGCCAACAGGAGGCACACUCAAGUAACCGCCUUCUUCUGGGCCUUCCUCCAGAUGUGCCACAGCUUCUCCCUCUCCUGUCAUCCUGUCCUCAGUGGGGAGGGAACUCCAGCUGAAUGUGCUUGGAGGAGAAGACCAGGCUGGGAGAGGACGUCCUCUAGACUCCGUGUCCAUCAGAUGAAACACGGGGACUUCAUGGGCGAAAGCACCUUCUCCGGUCCAGCCCUGCAGAGAAGCCAGCAGUGUGGAAGAGAGCAGGAAGCCUCAUCCUCUUUCAUUAUUAAGGUUUUUCUGCUGAAAUCCUGUGGUGGGAAGCAUUUUCCUCCCCUUCUGUCCCUCGGGAUGUUGUCCUGGCAAAGGAACCAGAUCCUCAGUGGCAACUUCCUCCAGAUAACUCAAAUUAUUGCUUAGUAAUACCUCCUCGGCCCCCUCACCAGGCUUCCCUUCAUCCCAGGAAGACACUGCAGUGGGGAAACAUAUUAAAUCCAAAGACCUUUAUUUUUAUUUAAUACAGCUAAAUGUCAUCUUUAAUAUGUUUUAUCCAAGAAAGUACAGUAAACAAUUCAAUAAAGGCAAGAUGAAAA